AUAAUCAGCUGUGUGCACUAGGUCACUACCCGGUCGUCGAAGAUAGUGUGAUCACAUUUAGAAUUCUCCCAACCUCACCCAUGGAAACUUUGCUCAAAUCGUCUAACGGGUUUCGUGUAGGCCUCCGUUUUCGAUUCAUUGGAUAUGCAAAUAUUACCUGAGCACGAGUACCUAUUUUUAAGCCCCUCCGCUGGAAUCAUAAAGUGCCCGAAUGUCUGGCUUAUUAAAAGCAUUUAGACGAACAUUUGGACACAAUUUCUGGUUAAACUGAGUUUUAGGACUCUACAUCUAGACUUUCAUUAUAAAAUGUUGUGGUAACAUUGCUGUACGACUAAACAUUUUGCACAGAGAAAGUAGUUCUGUCGGAAAUCACUGCGCGAGUUGGUGAGUUCGCUGUGAUUCGGCCCAAGUGCCGAUUUUUCAGGUUUCUAGCUGAAGCUUUGCAGGUUCGUCUCCACGGCAGAAUGGCUCGUACUAGCUAGCUGAGAUUUCUUCCCUCAGAAAUCCGGCCGAAAUCUCCCCUCCUGCAGCCGAGAGUUGGCCCAGCGAGCCCGCCGAAGACGGGAGAGGGACUCAUCCUGCUAUCUCCGUGAAAACGAACUCUUGUUUUUAUUAAUUUAUUUGUACAAAAAUGAAGUAUCGGGAAGUUAUCGAGCGACACGUCCUCGUGUGCUGCCUUCUCGUCCUGUUCGUCUGGGCACAGUGGGCCAACGCGGCGGCGUGCUCAGGAUGCUUGAAGGACAAAUGUAUAUGCAACGGAACAAAAGGAGAAAGGGGUGAUAGAGGCUACAUUGGUCUACCAGGACAUGUGGGCCAGCCAGGAUUCCCAGGUCCUGAGGGCCCAAUGGGCUUCAAAGGAAGCAAAGGAGACACUGGUUCAUCUGGCAGCGUUGGAUCUAAGGGCUACAGAGGAAGUCAAGGCAUUCCUGGUUUUCCGGGCAGCCCGGGUCUGCCAGGAUUACCGGGUCCGUCAGGGCCCAUCGGAGAAGCCGGAACGCCGGGAUGCAACGGAACAAAGGGUGAGACAGGAAGUGCAGGCUUGCCAGGCACGGGACCAGCCGGACCCCAGGGUCAAUCGGGUCUGAUGGGAUCAAAGGGUGAACCAGGUGAGCCUGCAGUGAAUUUACCUGGGAACAAGGGUGACCGUGGAACCUCCGGACAGCCUGGCACACCGGGUUCCUCGGGCGUUCCAGGUUACGAUGGACAAAAAGGAGACCGUGGACCUCAGGGAAUGACAGGAGAGCGAGGACCUCCAGGACCCCAGGGACCUCAAGGUACACCUGGUGUGGGUUUCUUUGGAGAGAAGGGAGAUGUGGGUGAUACAGGUCCUCAAGGUCCUCCAGGGGAACCCUGCGAAGAUGGAACUCCCUCGACAGGACCCGGCACCGGGGAAAUCCUACCAGGAGAGAAGGGCGACAGAGGCUACCCGGGUCCCCGUGGAGAGAAAGGAAUGAAGGGAACAAAAGGUUACCUCGGUAAUCCGGGUCUUCUUGGUGACGAUGGUAUGAAGGGACCCAAGGGCGAGCCAGGACCUACUGGAAGGAUUGGCAAACGUGGUAAAGACGGAGCCCCAGGCCAGCCAGGCUACAAAGGCGAUCGAGGACCCAAUGGUGUACCUGGGGCUGAAGGUUACAACGGCCCACAGGGUCCAAAAGGAGAUAAAGGUGACACAGGACGUCGGGGACUACAGGGACCACCGGGAGCUCCUGCCGAUUCUACAGGGGAAGGAGCCCCAGGACCCAUGGGCCCACAGGGACGUGAUGGACCUCCGGGCCCACCAGGACCCCCAGGAGAUAAAGGAAGUCGAGGUUUGCAAGGUGUUGAAGGCAGGCCGGGCAACCCAGGUGCCUCGGGUCCCCAGGGCCAGCAAGGUCCACCGGGAAUCGGAGAGAAGGGAGACCAAGGACCUCCAGGUAUUCCCGGACCAUCGGGACCCGUAGGAGCCACCGGCGUCCCCGGACGGGAAGGUGCCAAGGGAGACCCUGGAAUGACAGGCCUGUCCGUGCAGGGUCCACCGGGCAUGGACGGAAUCCCCGGACGUCAGGGAAACCUCGGACCGCCGGGACCCCCUGGUGAUACUGGACCGCAAGGACAACCCGGUAUCCCAGGCAGCAGCGAGGGUAAAGUCGGUCCCCGGGGUCCCCUGGGACCUUCAGGCCCAGAAGGAGAGCCCGGGCAGACGGGGAAUCCAGGACCUAGGGGCUUCCAAGGACGAACUGGUGAGGCAGGGGAACCCUGCGGACAGUGCCCGGCCGGCCCCAGAGGAAUGAAGGGUGAUCCUGGUCCCAACGGUGCCCCGGGUCGGCCUGGACCUCAAGGCUUCGACGGACCCCAAGGAACUCCUGGACAACAGGGACAAAGGGGCGACCCUGGUGUGGACGGAGAACCAGGACUAAAUGGUCCCAUCGGUCCCCCUGGACCCUUCGGUGAGAAGGGUGACACUGGCGAGCCAGGGCCCAUCGUCCCAGGACCCCGAGGAGAUAAGGGUGACAAGGGAGACCGUGGUUACUCAGGCAGGUUUGGUGAAAAGGGAGCGAAUGGCUUACCGGGACCGCCUUGUUCCGCACCAAGCAAUAUAUCCGCUAUGCUCAAGGGUGAGAAGGGGGAACCUGGAUUUCAGGGCGAUCCCGGAGUAGCCGGGUUACCGGGCAGACAAGGAAUACGGGGAGAGAGAGGUGCGUCCGUGGUCGGUAACCCAGGACCCCCAGGACCUCAAGGUGGUCGGGGAGAGGAUGGGCCAAGAGGCCCGACGGGACCCAGGGGUGACAAAGGUGAAAACAUCUUCAUAUCGGAGCCUGGCCAAGUAGGACCUCGGGGACCGCCCGGUCCGCCGGGACCCUUCGGUGAUUUGGGUGAACGAGGCCCCCCAGGUGGUCCUGGAGCCAGGGGCACAAAGGGGAACCGCGGGUUCGACGGCCAAAAGGGUGAGAUGGGAGACCAGGGUCCUCCCGGCAUCGGCAUGCCCGGAGAAAGCGGAGAGAAAGGAUUCCGGGGCACUCCUGGCGAUCCCGGACCGCAAGGCCUGCCGGGCUCCCAGGGGUUUCCUGGAGAGCCUGGUGACGAUGGAUCGCAAGGCUCCAAGGGCGAUCCCGGCAUCGCAGGCAUACCCGGCAUACAAGGGCCCCGGGGUCUGAAGGGGGGUACGGGACCCCCUGGUGCACCUGGGGCACGUGGAUCUACGGGACAACCCGGUGGAAAUGGCGAACCUGGACCAGACGGACCCAAAGGAGACAAGGGUGACGUUGGAUCUCCGGGACCGAGCGGCAGACCCGGUGAACCAGGGGCCAUUGGGGACUCUAUACCCGGAGCAAACGGACCCCCAGGAGAAGACGGCAGAAUAGGAGAACCAGGUCAAGUUGGAGAGCCAGGACCUCAGGGACCUACCGGCCCACCAGGAUUUGCUGCCAUCAAGGGUCAGAAGGGUGAGGCUGGACGCCCAGGUCGGCCCGGCGAUCUAGGUCUACCAGGUCCGGCCGGAGAACCAGGGGAGGAUGGGCCAUCAGGCCUGGACGGCAGACCGGGUGAGAAGGGAGACAGAGGAUUAGCAGGUAACCCAGGCCAACUUGGACCCCCUGGAGAGCAAGGAGAGAAUGGACUAUCUGGUAGUAAAGGUGACAAGGGAUCAAUCGGACUCCCCGGCGUCAACGGCAACCCAGGUCCCCUUGGUCAGAAGGGUGAUCGGGGCAAGGAUGGGCUCGAAGGCUCAAAGGGUGAGAAAGGUUUCCCCGGACCGCAGGGCCAAUCCGGCCUGCCUGGACAGAACGGCCAGCCUGGCGGACCAGGGCCGGCCGGAGAGGAUGGACCGCCGGGGGUAGACGGACCCAAGGGUGACCGGGGGCUGCCUGGCGUGGACGGCUUGAAAGGAGACACGGGGGGACCUGGAGAACCGGGGCCUGGGGGUGUGCCUGGAUUGGAAGGACGGAGAGGCCUCAAGGGUCAGAUGGGUGAUAUGGGCGAACCAGGUCAGCGGGGUGAGAAGGGCCAGAUGGGUCCGGAGGGUACUACAGGCGCGCCCGGGCGAGAGGGUCUGCCGGGUAUACCAGGGGCGAAAGGUCAGCCAGGCUUGCCAGGACGAGAGGGACCUUCUGGAGCUAAGGGAACGCCGGGUCCGACAGGCCCUGGAGGACCUCAGGGUGAGAAGGGUCACGUGAUGGUCGUGCCUUGCAGCUUGGAGAUGAAGGGCGCCCAAGGUCCGGCGGGUGAAAAGGGAGACGGAGGCGAUCCCGGACCCAACGGCCUGAAUGGACUGAAGGGAGACCGUGGGCUACAGGGCUUCACUGGACCUCCGGGCCCACCUGGAGAGAACGGGGCCCAAGGUGAACUAGGACCUAAAGGACAACGUGGUGUACCCGGUGAAUCAGGAUCUCAGGGACCUGCUGGACCAAAGGGAGACAGCGGGAGAAACGGCACCCCAGGGUCACCAGGAAUCAUCGGUCUCCCAGGAAACCCAGGCAUCAAGGGUGACCUCGGCCCAAUGGGCGUGCCUGGGCAGAACGGCAAUCCCGGUGCGGACGGUGAACCAGGGGAGCGGGGAUUCUCCGGCAUUCGUGGUGAGAAGGGCACGCCGGGACGGGCCGGGGAGGCGCUGGUUGGACCCAAGGGUAGCACAGGAGUGCCGGGCCCUCAGGGUAGACAAGGUCCCCCUGGUAGUGACGGAGCCCCAGGGGAAGACGGUAGACAGGGAGCGCUGGGAAUGAAGGGAGAGCGAGGUGAAACCGGCCCACGAGGACCCACCCCGGUACCCAUACCAGGACCUCAAGGCCCACCGGGAGAUACCGGCCCAAUUGGCCAAACAGGUGCCAAGGGCGACACCGGCCCGACAGGUGCGCAGGGUCUGCCAGGCAGGCCUGGCGGUAGAGGCACGCCAGGAACUAACGGUGAGGAUGGUGGGUCAGGAGAGAAGGGAGGUGACGGUUUGCGUGGACAAAAAGGAGAACCAGCCGAGCCUGUCAACAUGGCCUUGAUGAAGGGAACGAAGGGUGACAUCGGACCCCAAGGCCCACGAGGCUCAGACGGAGUGCCGGGACAGGACGGAGACCGCGGGGCCAACGGUCCCAGAGGUCCCAAGGGCGACAAGGGUGACGAAGGACCCAGCGGUAACCCUGGAUUCAACGGCAGACCUGGAGCAGAGGGACCCAAAGGGAACAAAGGUUUCCCCGGUUCUGCUGGACCACAAGGUUUCCCCGGCGAGCCCGGCCUGAACGGCCUGCCGGGACCUCAGGUCCUGACGGGUUACUUCAUCACCAGGCACAGCCAGACCUCGCAGGUCCCCGCCUGUCCGUUCGGAACCAACCUCAUGUGGGAAGGUUACAGUUUGCUGUACGUACAAGGCAACGAGAGAGCACAUGGCCAGGACUUAGGAAGUGCCGGCAGUUGUCUGCGCCGAUUCAGCACGAUGCCCUUCAUGUUCUGUAACAUCAACAACAUCUGCCACGUAGCCUCGCGCAACGACUACUCCUACUGGCUGUCCACCCCGGAGCCCAUGCCCAUGAAUAUGGCGCCGUUCGGCGGCGACGUGCUGGAGCCGUUCAUCAGUCGUUGCGCGGUCUGUGAGGCGCCGGCUCACGUCAUCGCCGUCCACAGUCAGUCGCUGGAUAUCCCCGUCUGUCCGCAAGGGUGGCGGGGCAUGUGGAUUGGAUACAGCUUCAUGAUGCACACGGGUGCCGGUGCUGAGGGCUCAGGCCAGGCCCUAUCCUCCCCCGGCUCCUGCCUGGAAGACUUCCGCUCCUCCCCCUUCAUCGAAUGCCACGGUGACGGCCGCUGCAACUACUACGCCACCACCUACAGCUUCUGGCUGACCACGGUGGACUCGGACGAACAGUUCAGCUCCCCGGCCUCCGAGACGCUCAAGGCCGGCGCCCUGCGCACACGCAUCAGCCGAUGCCAGGUCUGCAUGCGCGAUAAUAGAUAAACGCCAACGGUUUACCAGUAAGUAAGCAACUCCCAUUAAGUUGAUUGUAUGCCAUUUUAGGCGAUAAAUAAUACGACCAGCAUAAACUGCCUGAUAUGGAUUUGUAAUACCCCUUACUAGAGAUCUAUUUAAAUUAGUCUUGUUUACACCUGUUUUUUUUGCUAUUUCAGUCUGGUGACUGGAUUUUUGAAUCAAUUUUUUUGUUAUUUCUGAUUGGAAAACAACUUCAAUUCAUAACAUGAUGACAUUAUUCCUAAAAAAGCACUUAUAGAAAUAGUGUUUUUACGAACACAUUAUGAGCACUCAACUAUUUUCAAGACACUUUUAUAGAAGCGGUAUUUUUGCACGUUCACACACAACUAUGCAUUCAAACUAUUUGUAGCUUUUUAUUAGAAAUGGUAUUUUGGUAAAUCAGCCCACGAUAUAUUUUUAAAGACAGUGUAUAUAAAAUGCAUAUUUGCAUAAACAAACUGUUGUGAUUUGAAACAACAUUUUGCGACAAAGAUAGUGCAUGAACAUUAUUUAGAAUGUAGUCGGGUUUUUUUUUUUUAAAUUAAAAUAAUCCCUUGCCAAUAUUUUGUUUCUUUUUAAAAAUAAAAAUCAAUCGAUGCCAUUAAUUAAUGUGAAUAACUUCGAACGUCUAUUUUUCACGUUGGCAUAAAUAAUGUUUGUUUGUAGACCAGUGGAAUAUUAUGGACAAUGUAGCUAUUUUGUGUUGUUUGUAUUUAAAGGGAAAUAAUAAACCGUGUAAAGUUGCUUUUUUUAUUAUUUUUCUGUAGUUGAUUUGGAGUUUUUUUUGUAUAUGCCUUUCAUCACAAAUCUGGUGCUCAUAGGGAUUUACGUAUUAAAAACAUUUUACAUUUUAAAACAGUUUUUUUAAGUGUUAGUCUUAGGUUUGUGUAAUUAAAUAAUAAUUAUAAUAUAUAAGGGGUUUUAUGUUCUGUAGAUUAACUCAAAAAUGCUGCAACAUAACUGAACGAGUCAGUGAAAUAAGUGAUUUGAAUGAUGGUGUCUAUUCGAGCUCAGAUUUUUUUGCAUUUCAGCCCAAAAAGUUCACUAACCAUGCUUUUCGAAAUGUGAACGCAUUGGAGAAAAAAUAUAAGUUUCAUGUGGUGCUUAAAAUAAAACCAGUCACAGGUUUUGUAAAAUUUUUCACUGAUUUCACACACAAAAAGGGGCGGCGUAAAAUCUGUCUUCCAACAAGUUCAAAAUAAAAUAAAAAAAUACUACAACAGUAAAAGUUAUUAAAACAUUUAAGUAUAGAAACAAGUUUACCAUUAGAACUGUUGAUUGAUGGAAUUUUGUCAUUCUGUUUUCAGGAAGUUGGUAUGUUUACUUUGUACAUCUACAAAAUUAUCAUUAGUUUUGUCUGAGUAUUAGUCAUGGUCAAAAACGUACAUUGAAGUAAUCUCUGUUUCUUUUUUUUUUAAUGAUAGAAGGGGGAUUUUGUUAAUGAUAGAAGGGUAAUUACAGACAAAUAAAAGGAGUAAAAAAAAGUUAUAGAAUCUCAAAAGCAAACAAUUCAAUUGGCUCAUUCUGGUGUACCUUACCCAGCUUUUACAAAAUGUUGAAGUCCAGUGCUGGUCAUAAGUAUUCGGUUUUCAUCUUCAUCUACUAAUCAUGUAAAAUCCUGUUAUUUUUUUUUUCUCUUUGGAAUAAACUGCAUACAAUCGUGAGAAACAAUCAAA